UCAGCCCCCGUCUACUCCGGGGUGGUGCUUAGCCGGCGCCAGAGCGACCCUCGACUCCGGAGAGGCAGUGCGGUUCCCCUGGGCGCCUCGCCCUCGUCCUCGCCCGCCUCGACAGCCUCCUCGACCUCGUUCGGCUCCGCUGCCGCCCGAGACUCCGGUGGAUGCCCCACCCCUGACCCUGUGAGAGAUAUGUCGACCCCGGCUCGCCGGCGCCUCAUGAGGGACUUUAAGAGGUUACAGGAGGAUCCUCCGGCCGGAGUCAGCGGGGCUCCGUCAGAGAACAACAUCAUGGUGUGGAAUGCGGUCAUUUUCGGGCCUGAAGGGACCCCUUUUGAGGAUGGAACGUUCAAACUUACAAUAGAGUUCACUGAAGAAUAUCCGAACAAGCCACCUACAGUUAGAUUUGUCUCCAAGAUGUUCCAUCCAAAUGAUGGUAGUAUAUGUCUGGACAUACUUCAGAACCGCUGGAGUCCAACUUAUGAUGUAUCUUCCAUUUUAACAUCCAUACAAUCUCUAUUGGAUGAACCAAAUCCUAAUAGUCCAGCAAACAGCCAAGCUGCUCAGCUGUACCAGGAGAACAAGCGCGAGUAUGAAAAGCGUGUUUCCGCCAUAGUAGAACAGAGCUGGCGUGAUUGUUGACCCAACAUGCAGCAAAAGCAGCAGCUAACCAUAACAGAAGAAAAUAUAUUGAUGAGUUUGUCACCUUCUUAUUCAUUGUCAUUACAUUUACUUUAUUAAAAGCAAAAAGCUGGUGUGCUGUUUCCAUCUUCCCUUGCCGAGCUGUUCCUAGCCCUUCUCUCCUCUACUUGAAUACCAGGCAACACCCUUUGUGACAUCAAAUGUACUGUACCUGGGUUACUUGCAGCAAUUACUACUGCUUCAUUCCUUUUCUGUUGUAUCUCAUUUCCACCCUUUGGCAGUUAUUUGUGUCACUGUACUUUACAGUAAGGUUUUAAAAUGAAUUGUUUUACAAGUGGGUCUUAUGCGUAGAUUUGUGACAAAGAUGUUAAUCUUAACAAAAUGAUGGCUGAGAUGUUUCAUCCUGGCUGAUCCUUCACUUGUGUUGGGAUAAAAGUGAAAGCUGUUUAGAAUAUGGCUUGGAGAGCAAGGAAACAAACCCAUCUAAUCCUCAAUUUUGAAAGGGGAAUGGAGGCCAAAAAUUCCAUGAUAUAAUCUGAGUUUAAAAUGAUGUUUCCUGGCAAGAAGGAGAAUGUUGAAGAUCACAGUCAAAGUAGUACAUCAAUUGUAAUAACUGACACAUCCUCUCCUUGCAACAUACUAACGAGUCACAUUCAUGCUAAGUUUCAGAAUACCAGUUUUCUGAGGUUUUGCUUUUCAAGGUGUAGGAACAGAGGAAUGGAAAUAAUGAUCAAUUCUGCUGUUAGGGAAAGUUGGAAAUCCUCUGAUCUUUUUAAAAGAGCAGGGUUACCAUAGAUAGGGAAAUUUACAAUCACCCAUCUUUUUGUUGUUUAAUUCAGGGAAGGGAGCAUAUUUGUGGCAAGCUGUUUUCCACUCUGAGUUACUGCUGCAUGCUUUCAUUUCUUCCUCCCUUUCAACAGUAUGAGAGAACCUUACAAUGUCUGCAAUCUUUCUUUCAAUAUUUACACUUUUAGAUAUAUAGUACCUUUAAGUAACAGUGUGGGACAAGGCUUGUAAAUGUUUUGUCUGAUGUUCCAUUGUUACCUUUUAUGCAUUUAUUGCUUUUUAAAAUCUAACUUUGCACAGUAACCCAUGUAAAAAUGUACAUUUUUUCAAAACUUGUAAA